UGUGUGCUGCGUGUAUGCAGCAGCGCUUUUCUACUGUUUUCGUUUAGUCGACUUGUGAUCGCUGUGAUAAUGUCAGCUGAUAUUUUAAUCUUAUAAAGUAAAAUAAUGUAAGUUGUGUGCAUUAGACGUGAGUGUAAUUUUGUGCGCGUUCCGCAUAUGCAGAGUUACCAUCGUAGUGUAUGUAGUGUAAUUUAUAUUCGGCAAGUUGCCACGAAACUUUAAGAUGUUUCAUAGUCGCGUGUUUAGCUACUUGUUCGUGUUAGUCACGCUCGUUUACACUGUUUCCAAUGGAGAUGCAAAGACAAAAAAGUCCAAAUUUGUUACAACUCUCCUGGAUGCUCAGUGGGAUGCAACACCAUUGGUUCUAGAAGUUGCUGAGUAUUUAAAGGAUGAGAAUGUUGACUAUUAUUGGCAGUUUGUUGAUUCAAUAGGAGGUCUAAAGCCUCCACUUAAUGAGAUUGGAAAUGAUAAAAAACGAUAUGAUAUAAUACUGCAACAUGCUGCCAAGUUGAUUACCCCACUGCAGGUGUCUUUACUCAAGUUGGGAUUGUCACUGCAUGUGUAUUCACCUAAGGUGGAAAUGUUUGCUCAAAUUGCAAGAGAACAUGAAUUGCCAGACUGUGCUGCACUUGCUGAUAUUGGGGGUGAUUAUAUCUGUGAUGCUCAGAGCUUACAUAAAGCCAUACAAAAUAUAAAAGAAGAAAAUUAUGUUCGCAACGAAGUAUUUCGCGUUGAUACUCAUUACCCCGGCUCAGAAAAUCGCACGAUCGCUGUGGUGCUCUACGGCGAGUUGGGAACGCCUGCAUUCCAAACGUUCCAUAACAUUUUAAAAUCCGAAGCGCAGCAGGGUUCCAUCGACUACAUAGUGCGUCACUUUAUUAAAUCUGAGCGCGAUCACAAAUUACGUCUUUCCGGUUACGGGGUAGAAUUACAGAUGAAAUCUACCGAGUACAAAGUUCAAGAUGAUUCGGAAAUAAAAGAUGAUCGCAGUUCUGAGGACGCAUCGCAAGAAGAUGACGAUAUUGAACUUGAAGGUUUUGACUUUGCUAAAUUGAAAUCAAUCUUUCCCGACCACAAGCAGCAGCUAGAUAAAUUUAAACAACAUCUAGAGGAAUCCUCCAAUGAAAUGGCGCCUCUAAAAGUAUGGCAGUUUCAAGAAUUGAGCCUGCAAGCAGCCGAGCGCAUCAUGAACGCUCCUCGAGAUGAAGCUCUUAAAGUCUUUACUAAUCUUGCGCAAAAUUUCCCCAUGCAAGCGAAAGCUUUAGUUAAAACAGUUGUCAGCAGUGAGUUAAAGAAGGAAAUGCGUCGUAAUCAGGAGAUAUUCGGAGCUACUUUGAAUCUGCAACCUUCAGAUACGGCGUUGUUUAUCAACGGAUUGUAUUAUGAUGUUGAUGUGGUGGAUAUUUUCGGUAUUUUGGACGUUGUAAGACAAGAACUACGAACAAUGGAAGGCUUGCAUAAUAUUGGCCUUGGUAACGCUCGACUAUCUUCAUUAUUAUCAGUAGACUUCAGCGAUUCAAAUAACGGACAAGAGUUUGCUAUGGAUAUCAGAGAUUCCGCAAUCAAUUGGAUUAACGACAUUGAGAAAGAUUCAAAGUAUAGUCGUUGGGGUACAAGUUUAAUGGAUUUGUUGAGACCUACAUUCCCUGGAAUGUUGCGCCAAGUUCGUAAAAACUUAUUCAAUCUUGUUAUCAUUAUUGAUCCACUGAACAAAGAAACAAGAACGUUGUUAAAACUUGUCGAGUCUUUUGUUAUUCACACUGCGCCACUUCGUGUAGGUCUUGUAUUAUCCGCGAGCUCAUCUUCAAGUUUAACUGGCUUGGAAGACGCUGGUGUAGCGAUGGUCUGUGCGUUUAAUUAUGUUUCACAGAAAAAAGACCCAGCGGCCGCGUUGAACUUUAUCACGACUGUUCUUGGCACCGCGAAAGGUGGGGACGUCACCGUCGAUCAUAUUAAAGAGCAACUCGUGAAGAAAUAUAGCGAUGAUCCGAAUUAUAUUCUCGGUGAAGACUCCGAUUUCGAUUUUGGCCGGAAACUAAGUGAAGACUUUAUUCAACGCACUGGUCUUAAUUCCUUACCUCAAGCGUUGAUGAACGGCAUUCCAUUGCCAGCGCAUCAGUUAAAUGUUGAUGAGUUUGAAGAAGCAGUUCUUAGCGAAGUUAUGACUCAGACUCCUUCGUUCCAAAAGGCUGUUUACAAAGGAAAGUUGCAGGAUGGGGAUGAUGUUGUUGAUUACAUCAUGAAUCAACCUAAUGUUAUGCCGCGAUUGAAUGAGAGAAUUUUGAGUAAGGAGAACGUUGUGUAUUUGGAUAUGACAGGGACGGCGACGACGAGUAUGGCGAUUCAAGAUUUACUGAAAUUAACACCUCGGGAUAUGACUGCGACUGCACUGGAGAAUUUGAAGUAUUUUAUGUCACCGAAGAAAAGCGAAAAAUAUUACGGGAUGACUUAUUGGGUUGUGGGAGAUUUGUAUUGUCCGAAAUCACGGGCAUUACUUAUCGACGCAUUAGAAUACAUGAAAUCUGCUGGUGAUACACGAGUUGCUUUCCUUCCCAAUGUUGAUGGCACACAGGAUAAUGCUAUCAACAAGUUGGUUUUGGCCGCAAUGGAGUUCUACAAUGAUAAAACAACAAAUACAAUCAUUGAAUUCUUAAAAUCUGAUGGUGAUAAGUCAUUAUUACCUAAAGAAAUUUUAACAAAAGAAUCAUCGCAAGAACUCUCCUUGAAAAUGCUUCGCGUUUAUUGUCAGCGUGUGCUCACGUUUGCAGCGAGCGCACGCGGCAUUAUUGCAAAUGGCCGCGUCCUGGGUCCACUCAACGAAAAUGAAAAGUUUACCGUCGAGGACUUUUCGUUAUUGGAACGCUUUAGCACUGCUACCUACGGCCAGAAACUUAAAGAAAUCUUAGAUAAAACUGCCGAUGAAGAGGGUGACAUCUCAAGUAACGCAAUCAUGAAAAUCGUCAGCUUGUUAGUUGCUCGACCACAAUCAAAGAGUAGAUUUGAUAUCGCUUCGGAAACUGAUCAGUACUCCGUGAUUAAAUUGCCACCCAAUCAACCAGAGAAGGUUGCGUUUGAUAUCGUUGCAAUUGUUGAUCCGGUAUCUAGAGGAGCACAAAAACUGGGUCCCAUUUUGCAAGUGUUGCAAGAAGUACUAAAUUGUAAUAUUAAACUGUUUUUGAACAGUGUGGAGAAGAAUAGUGACAUGCCACUGAAGAGUUUCUAUCGUUUCGUGCUCGAUUCGGAGAUACAAUUCAAUGAAGAUGGCAAACAAGUACCUGGCUCUAUCGCCAAAUUUAAUAACAUGCCACAAUCACCACUCUUAACGCAAAAUAUGCACGUACCUGACAAUUGGUUAGUGGAAGCAGUGAGGUCUGUGUAUGAUUUGGAUAAUAUUCGUUUGGAGAAUGUUGAAAAUAAUGUACACAGUGAAUAUGAGUUGGAAUACUUACUUUUGGAAGGUCAUUGCUUUGAAUCGACUACUUUAAGUCCACCAAGAGGUCUUCAAAUUACUUUGGGCACUGAAAGGCAACCUGUUAUUGUUGAUACUAUUGUAAUGGCAAAUUUGGGAUAUUUCCAACUUAAAGCCAACCCAGGCGCGUGGAUUGUAAGACUAAGACAAGGAAGAAGUUCAGAAAUUUAUGAUAUUACAAGUCAUGAAGGCAGCGAUACGCCUCUAAAGUCAACCGAUAUCAAAGUUGUCAUCAGUUCUCUGCGUUCUAACAUCGUCAAACUUAAAGUUAGCAAGAAGCCCGACAAACUUGGCAUGGAUUUACUUAGCGAAGAUAAUGAGAACAACGGAAUCUGGAAUUCAAUCACCAGUUCGUUUAGCAGUGGCGAUGAUGGCGAAGAAGAGAAGCUGAACAUUUUCUCGUUGGCUUCUGGUCAUCUUUACGAGCGCUUCUUGCGUAUCAUGAUGAUGUCUGUGUUGAAGCAAACAAAGACACCCGUCAAGUUUUGGUUCCUAAAGAAUUACUUAUCUCCACAAAUCAAGGACUUCUUGCCGUACAUGGCCAAGGAAUACGGUUUUGAAUACGAAUUAGUACAAUACAAAUGGCCGCGCUGGUUGCAUCAACAAACUGAGAAACAGAGAAUUAUCUGGGGGUAUAAAAUUUUGUUCUUGGACGUGUUGUUCCCUCUGGAUGUCAAAAAGAUUAUUUUCGUUGAUGCUGAUCAGGUUGUCCGCGCUGAUUUGAAAGAACUUCAACAACUCGAUUUAGGUGGCGCGCCAUAUGGCUACACACCAUUUUGUGAAUCGCGUAAAGAAAUGGACGGCUUCCGGUUCUGGAAACAGGGUUACUGGCGCAAUCAUUUACAGGGCCGGCGUUAUCAUAUUUCUGCACUCUAUGUUGUCGAUUUGAAACGUUUCCGACGCAUUGCGGCCGGUGACCGCUUGCGUGGACAAUACCAGGCGCUCAGCCAAGAUCCGAACAGUCUUUCUAACCUUGAUCAGGAUCUACCCAACAAUAUGAUCCACCAGGUGGCGAUUAAAUCUUUGCCACAAGAAUGGCUUUGGUGCGAGACAUGGUGCGACGAUGCGUCGAAGUCAUCGGCAAAGACGAUCGAUUUGUGUAACAACCCAAUGACGAAGGAGGCAAAACUCACAGCCGCCAUGCGAAUUCUUCCUGAAUGGAAGGGCUACGACGAUGAGAUUCGUAACCUGCAACAGAAGAUUGAUAAGGGCGAGCUGGAUCAUGAUCCAGCAUUGGAACAUCUUGAGGAAGACGUUGAAACCAUUACCACACAGAAAACGCAUGAUCGUGAUGAGCACACAGAACUAUGAUUGAAAUGUGGGUAAAUUAAUUUGUAAAACUAGUGAUGUGUGUAAAAGUGGCGUAUGUGUUUUGUUUCUGAUUGAAGUGGAUGAAAACAGUUGAAGAGACUUUGAGAUUGAUCCUGAUCAUUACAUUUUUACAUUAUACAUAUUAAAGAAGAUAAAAUACA